AUGCCCCUCGCUAGUAGAAGUCCGGAAUCAUUCAUCACGUCCCUGGUCGAUAAGAUCUCUCUUCUUGUGCCUCCUUUGCCUUCAACUCCGUCAUCAUCAUCACCAUCAGCGUCUCGCCCGCGCCCUUUGGACUCGAAUGUGUCCACAGACCCUGUGUCUCCGCCAUCACCGCCAAAUUUCUCUACUCUCCUCUCUACCCUCCCGAAAGAGGAUCAAGAAUCUGUCACCCGACUCUUGAUGACUUUACAUUUCUUCUUUCCGCAUGAAUUCAUUCCGGCGCUGGAUCUACUGGACAGAGGAUUGGUCACUCGGUUGGUUAUCGGAUCUCUACCGAGUCCUACCAAUGUCUCCGAAGCAUCGCAUAGGAAGCCUCAUGUUGAUUAUCAAGCCCCAUGGAACGAACCAACGGGAGAUCUAGAUCCCCCUCUUAACACUUACAUGGUAAGCGUUGGCCCAUAUUUACACGAGACUGAUCUUGGUAUUCAUGUGGACUUUGAGGCGGGCAGGCAGAUAGCGACAGAGAACGAAGUAUUCUACGUCCAAUCCGCUUCAUCUCAGACCAAAACAACUCGCCAACGUCGCCACCACCAUACCAGUGUCUCCUCAACCAAUUACGAAGUCAGGCUCGGUGCCUGGAACUGUACAUGCCCCGCCUUUGCUUUGUCCACAUUCAGUCGAUUAAUGGAUCCGAAAGCUGAUGGCCGCGCCGAUGACAAUCGAGAGCCACUAAAGAACUUGUUAGCCGGCGACGACCACCACAACGUUGAUUUCUACGACAGUGCCAUGUCACAAACAGAAUUCGAAUGGAGGUUUGGUGGUACUUUUACUCGCACCAUAUCGGACCCCGAACACGGAAUUGACUCGGAAAGAAAAGGAGCAUCAGUGCCAGUGCCUGUAUGUAAGCACAUCCUCGCUGCCUUACUCGGCAAACACAUCCCAGGUCUUUUCGGCUCAGGUGUACAGCUUCGCACCGUCAGCGCCGAGGAGGGAGCUGGAUGGGCUGGUGGAUGGGGAGAUGGGGACUGA